AUGCCUCCCCUCCACAUACUGCUCGGGCUUCUCCUCUUGCUCAAUCCUCCUCCUUGCUGCUCCUCUGCAGCUGCAAAUGGAGACAAGCUGACGGCAGGCCAAGCGCUCGCUGUUGGCAGCAAGCUCGUCUCCAGAAAUGGCAAGUUCGCCCUCGGCUUCUUCCAGCCAGCAGCUGCGGCGGGCAGCAUCAGUAAGUCGUCCCACAAUGCCACCUCCCCAAGCUCAGGCUGGUACCUCGGCAUAUGGUUCAAUAAGAUCCCGGUUUUCACCACCGUGUGGGUCGCUAAUAGGGAGGAGCCCAUCAUCCACCACAACCUUAACCUAACACAGCUCAAGAUAACAAGCGAUGGCAAUCUUGUCAUCGUAGUAACCCAUGCCGGCAACACCAAGUCUAUAGUUUGGUCCACUCACAUUGUCAAUAAUAGGACGCAUUCCAACGGGUUAAACACUACCACUACUCGUGCUGCCCUUCUCUUGAACACCGGAAACCUCGCCCUCACAUCUCAACAUACGAUGUUGUGGCAGAGCUUUGACUACCCAACCGAUCUCUUGCUUCCUACCGCCAAGUUUGGCAGGAACAAGAUCACUGGUUUUAGCCACCAGCUCAUCUCAAAAAAGAGCCUCAUUGAUCCCGGUGUAGGCUCAUACAACAUUGAACUACAAGACACCAACGGAUUCAUUCUCAAGCGCCGCAACAACCCCUCAAUGGUGUAUUGGCGUUAUGCAUCCUCCACAAUAUCAUCGUUGAAUCUCUUACCAGUACUCAAGUCACUCCUAGAUUUGGAUCCUCGGACCAAAGGGUUAGUUGAUGAUGUAAAUUAUGUUGACAACAACCAAGAGGAGUACUAUAUGUACACUUUACGAGAUGAAUCAUCGCCUUCCGCAUUUGUCUUGCUAGAUAUCUCUGGCCAAAUAAAGUUGAACCUUUGGUCGCAAGCCAGCAAGUCUUGGCAAACCAUAUAUGCCCAACCUGACAAUCCUUGUGAUCCGCCUGCAACUUGUGGGCCUUUCACAAUAUGUAGCAGCAAGCCAAAUCAAUCAUGUGAUUGUAUGGAGAACUUCUCUCAGAAGUCACCAUAUGAUUGGGAGUUUGAUGAUCGAACUGGAGGAUGCAUUAGAAAUACACUGUUACAUUGGACUCAUGAGAGAAACACGACAAGUUCAACAGACAUAUUCCACCCCACUUCUCAAGUUCAAUAUCCGUACAACUCGCAAAGCAUACUCAAUACUACCACCCAAAGAAAAUGUGAAGAAGCUUGUCUCGGUUCCUGCUCCUGCACUGCUUAUUCCUAUAACAAUAGAAGAUGUUCUGUCUGGAAUGGGGAAUUACUUAAUGUAAUUCUAGCUGAAGGCAUUGAUAACACAGCAGAACAUGUCCUUUACCUUCGCCUUGCAGCCAAAUAUUUUCUACCAAGUUUGAGAAAAAACAAAAGAAAACCAAAUCUUAGAGUUGUUACUGCUGCAAGCAUUAUUGGUUUUGGAUUACUAAUGUUCACGCUAUUGCUACUGAUUUGGAGGAACAAAUUUAAGCGGCGUAGUCUUCUGUCAAUAAGCUAUGACAAUCAAGGGAGUGCUGGUGGGAUUAUAGCCUUUAGAUACACGGAUUUAGUUCAUGCUACUAAGAACUUCUCAGAAAAGCUGGGUGGAGGUGGUUUUGGUUGUGUAUACAAGGGAUUAUUAAGUGACUCAAAGACUAGUGUAGCAGUUAAAAGGCUUGAUGUUGCCCAUCAAGCAGGAGAGAAGUAA